AUGAGGUGGCAGACCUCCGUUACUCCACACCUUUCUUUCUUUCUUUCUUUAUUUCUUUCUUUCUUUCUUUAUAUUCUUUAUUUGCUUUUCUUUUUUGUGAAGAGCAAAGUUGAUUUAUCUUUUUCUCUCCGCUUUUAUUUUCUUUUUUAUGAAAAACAUUUUUAUUUUUUGUUGUUCUUUUUUCUUGUUUUUCUUUAUUUCAUGAAGAACAAAGUUAUUUUAGUUUUCUUUCUUUUUCGUUUCUUUUUUUUCCUUUCUUUCUUUUUCGUUUGUUUAUUUUUUCAUUUCUUUCUUUUACCUUUCUUUCUUUUUUCCUUUCUUUCUUUUUCGUCAGUUUCUUUUUUUCUUUCUUUCUUUCUUUCUAUCUUUCUUUCUUUCUUUCUUUCUUUCUUUCUUUCUUUCUUUCUUUUACCUUUCUUUCUUUUUUUUUUUCUUUCUUUUUUUCAUUUUGUUUUUUUUCUUUCUUUUCUUUUACCUUUUUUUUUUUCCUUUUUUUUUCUUUUUUUCCCUUUCUUUCUUUCUUUCUUUUACCUUUCUUUCUUUUUUCCUUUCUUUCUUUUUCGUCAGUUUCUUUAUUCCUCUCUUUCUUUUACCUUUCUUUCUUUUUUCCUUUCUUUCUUUUUCGUCAUUUCUUUUUUCUUUUCUUUCUUUUACCUUUCUUUUUUUUUUUCUUUUCUUUUUUUCGUUUCUUUCUUUUUUUUUUUUUUCAUUUUUUUUUUUUUUUUUUUUUCUUUCAUUUUUUUUCUUUCCUUUUUUUCUUUCUUUUUCCUUUCUUUCUUUUUCGUCAGUUUCUUUUUCCCUUUCUUUCUUUCUUUUACCUUUCUUUCUUUUUUCCUUUCUUUCUUUUUCGUCAGUUUCUUUUUUCCUUUCUUUCUUUUACCUUUCUUUAUUUUUUCCUUUCUUUCUUUUUCGUCAGUUUCUUUUUUUUUUCUUUCUUUCUUUUACCUUUCUUUCUUUUUUCCUUCCUUUCUUUUUCUUCAGUUUCUUUUUUCCUUUCUUUCUUUUACUUUUCUUUAUUUUUUCCUUUCUUUUUUUUUCGUUUCUUUCUUUCUUGCUUUUUUUCUUUCUUUCAUUUUCCCUUUCUUUUUUUUCCUUUCUUUCAUUCUUUUUUUCUUUCCUUUUUUUUUUUUUUUUUGCCUUUCUUUCUUUUGCCUUUCUUUUCUUUUUGCCUUUUUUUUUUUUCCUUUCUUUUUUUUUCGUUUUCUUUUUUUCUUUCUUUCUUUCUUUUUUUUUCUUUCUUUUUCCUUUCUUUCUUUUCGUCAGUUUCUUUUCCUUUUUUCUUCCUUUUAUUUCUUUCUUUUUCCUUUCUUUCUUUUCGUUUUUUUUUCCCUUUCUUUCUUUCUUUUACCUUUCUUUCUUUUUUCCUUUCUUUCUUUUUCGUCAGUUUCUUUUUCCUUUUUUUCUUUCUUUCUUUUACCUUUCUUUCUUUUUUCCUUUCUUUCUUAUUCAUUUAUUUCGUUUCUUUUUUUUCUUUUUCGUCUGUUUCUUUCUUGCUUUUUCCUUUCUCUCAUUUUCCCUUUCUUUCUUUUUUCCUUUCUUUCUUUCUUUUACCUUUCUUUCUUUUUUCCUUUCUUUCUUUUUUCCUUUCUUUCUUUUUCGUCGGUUUCUUUUUUCCUUUCUUUCUUUUUUCCUUUCUUUAUUUUUUUCUUUCUUUCUUUUUCGUUUUUCUUUUUUUUCUUUUCUUUUCCUUUCUCUCAUUUUUCUUUUUUCUUUUCCUUUCUUUUUUCUUUUUUCCUUUCUUUCUUUUCGUCAGUUUUUUUUUUUUUUCUUUCUUUUACCUUUCUUUUUUUUUUCCUUUUUUUUUUCUUUCUUUCUUUCUUUUCCUUUCUUUCUUUUCCUUUCUUUCUUUUUUCCUUUUUUUUUUUUUUCAGUUUCUUUUCCUUUCUUUCUUUUUACCUUUCUUUCUUUUUUCCUUUCUUUCUUUUUUCGUCUUUUUCUUUUUUCCUUUUUUUCUUUUACCUUUCUUUAUUUUUUCCUUUCUUUCUUUUUCGUCAGUUUCUUUUUUCUUUUUUUCUUUCUUUCUUUUUUUUUUCUUUUUUUUUCGUUUCUUUCUUUUUCGUCAGUUUCUUUUUUCCUUUCUUUCCUUUUGCCUUUCUUUCUUUUUUCCUUUCUUUCUUUUUCGUCAGUUUUUUUUUUCCUUUUUUUUUCUUUCUUUCUUUUACCUUUCUUUCUUUUUCCUUUCUUUUUUUUCGUCAGUUUCUUUUUUCCUUUCUUUCUUUUUCGUCAGUUUCUUUUUUCCUUUCUUUCUUUUUUUCUUUUUCUUUUUUUUCUUUUUUUUUUUUUUUUCCUUUCUUUUCCUUUCUUUUUUUCCUUUUUUCUUUUUCGUCAGUUUCUUUUUCCUUUCUUUCUUUUUUUCUUUCUUUUUUUCCUUUCUUUUUCCUUACUUUCUCCUCUCUUUCAUGCAUUUUCCUUUCCUAUCCUUCAUUCUUUUUCCUUUCUUUCAUUCUUCUUCUUUUUCUUUCCUUUUCCUUUUAUGAAGAACAAAAGGUGUUUUAUUUCUCUUUCGUUCUCCUGUUUUAUUUUUCUUUAUCUGUUUGUUUGUAUCUCUUUCUAUGUAUUUUUUUAACCUUCUUUACCAUCUUUUCUUUUCUUUUUUAUGAAACACUUUUUUUCAUUCUUUCUUUCUUUUCUUUUAUCCUCUUUUUUAUGCAGACAUGUUUUAUUCAUUUUUUCUUUCUUUCUUUAUUUUAUUUCAUUAUUUUUCCCGCUGUUAUUUUUAUUUCUUUUCUUUUUUGCCUUCAUUUCAAUUUUUCUUCCUUUACAUUAUUUUUUCAUUCUAUUUCUUUCCCUUUUUCUUCAUUUAACAUCAAUCCAUCUUUGUUUAUCUCAUUCUAUUCACAUAAAUCUUUGUCUAUCUAUCUAUCUAUCUAUCUAUCUAUCUAUCUAUCUAUCUAUCUAUCUAUCUCAUUCUAUUCAGAUCUUCUCUCUUUCUUUUUCUCUCACCCCCCUCUCUCUCUCUCUUUCUCUCUCUCUUUCCUACCAUUCCCCUUUCGGUCAUUUCCGUAUAUAUCCGACAAUGUUUUUUACUAG